GAACGGUCGACUGGUGCCUUGGUUAUAGCCAGCAUGCUUGAUUUUUUAACUUUUGCUAUUUGUGCUCCUUAUAGCGAAACUACAUCUGGUUCUACAUUUGAUACGAUUUUAGAAUUAGUCGCAGCUCGUGGGCAUAGUUUCUAUCAUCUUUUUCAAUAUCCAUCAAUGACCAUUGUUAAAGGUGCUGGACUGGUUAUGCGAGCAAUAAUUGAAGAAUCUACAAUCGAUAUUUCCAGACAAAUGCAAAUGCUUUCACUUACAGAGGGUGCUUUUUUGAAACACCUUCACAUGGCACUGCUUUCAACAGGUCGUGAUCUACGAGUUCUUGCCAAUAAACAACUUAGCGGUCAUCUUAUAUCAUUAUGGAUUACGGAAAAUAGCGCGGCUUUGAAUUUAUUGAGCAGGUGUUUGCCUCGUGGUUUGCUGGAUUAUUUAGACUCAGCUGAAAAACCUCAUAUAGCAGAGAAUGACCUUCUUUUGAUGAGAAAUAAUUUGAAAGUCGCAACAUCGGAAUCAAAACAAGGAGUUUUCACGGAACAAAUGCAAUCCAUGCAAAUAACUUUGGAAGCUAAAUUUGAUCAGUUUCUCCAGCACUGGAACUUGGAUCAGAAAUUAUCUUUUUUUCAGAAAAGAGAUGUAGCUGAUUUAAUCUGGAAUGAAAAAACUCGUGAAGAUUUUCGCCGUUGCAUAGAAACCGAAUUGCGAAUGCUCGAACAAGAAAAGGAAUUAUCAUCGAGUGGCACAUCGAUUGCCUGGAAUUACACCGAUUUUGAGAUCUGUUAUACAUCGCUUGCGGAGGAGGUAAAAAUUGGUGAUUAUUAUUUACGACUUCUUUUGCAAGAAACUGAAACUAAUGCAACUUCAAUACAUAAUUCACCCGAAUUCUUCAACAAUGUGUAUCAUCGGUUUUUGCUGUCCGCAAAAUCCGAAAUGCGAUGUCUUUGUCUUCGAGCAAUGGCUUUUACGUAUGGACGUCAUUAUCUCACUAUUGGUCCGUUCCAGGAUUCGAAAUAUAUUGUAAAUAUGUUAGCUAAAUGUGCGAACGCUGGAGAACGUGAUCAUCUUAUACUCUUAAUUAGCAAAUUAGUUCUCAAUAAAGAAAAUGUUCGCGAUUUAUUAUCUGCAGGUAUUCUACCAAUACUUGUAGAUUUUGCCGUUUUAUCUCAUUUGUGCAUUAAUCGUGCCACUGUGCCUAAUAAGAUGCAAAAUAAUUUAAUUGAAGGCGACUCCAGCAAUAAGGAUCAUGAAUCUUUAGAAUGGUAUUACGCGGAUAAAGCUGGAAGUCGACAUGGCCCUUUCUCUUUCGGAGAAAUGAAAAAAUUUUAUGGUGAUAAAACAGUAUUCGAACGAACACAAAUAUGGGCACAAGGCCUUGAUCAUUGGACUUCUUUAUCGAGUGUUCCUCAGUUUCGUUGGACUGUUUGUUCUCAAGCAAAUACUGAUAUCUUAUAUAAUUUCACUGAAUUAUGUAUUGGUAUUUUAGACAUAUUGAUACAAAUGUGUAUGUAUUAUCCUUCGAGGGACGAAAAUAAUUGCGUUAUUCGUCCUUUGCCGCAGGUCAAGCGUAUAUUGUGUGAGCCAACUCUUUUAUAUCAAAUUGUCCAACUUUUGCUAACUUAUGAUCCGGGUAUUGUUCAGAGGAUCGCUUCCCUUCUUUUGCAUAUAAUGGAGGAUAAUCCUUUUUUAUCAAGGCUUUAUUUGUCCGGAGUUUUCUUUUUUAUUCUGAUGUACAAUGGUUCCAAUGUGUUGCCGAUUGCGAGAUUUCUUCAUUAUACUCAUAUGAAGCAAGCAUUUCGUUCGACUGUUGCGAAAUCCGAAUUUGUUUCUCAUAGUGUAUUGAGUCCAUUAUUACCCGAGGCAGCAAUACUAUAUUUGGAAGAAUAUGGUGCGGAAAAAUACGCACAAAUGUUCCUUGCAGAAUUCGACAAUCCAGAAAUCAUUUGGAAUGCAGAUAUGAGGACUCAUCUGAUUGAACGCAUCGCUCUACAUGUUUGUGAUUUUUCAAGUCGGCUAACAUCAAAUAUAAAAGCGAUAUAUCAGUACUGUCCAAUUCCUGUUGUUGAUUACGCUCAACUCGAUGGUGAACUUUUUUGUCAUGUAUAUUAUUUACGACAUUUAUGUAAUAUGAAAAAGUUUCCCGAUUGGCCAAUCCGUGAUCCGGUGAUAUUUCUGCAAUCUUGUCUUGCGGCUUGGCUGGAUGAAAUCGAAAAAAAACCUCCUUCAAUGUCCUUGGAACAGGCAUUCGAGAUUUUAGAAUUGGUUUACGAUGAAGAAACAUUGAAGAGUAAAUCAACGAUUCGACGCGCUUAUUUCAAAUUGGCUCAAAAAUAUCAUCCAGAUAAAAAUUCUCAAGGUCGUGAAAUUUUUGAGCGAAUAAAUGGUGCUUAUGAACUUUUGACAUCAAAUGUAAAACUUCGAGGAUCAUUGCCUGAUAUCGACAGAAUUAUUCUUUGUAUACAAGCUCAAUCAAUUGUAUAUAGGAGAUACUGUAAAGAAUUAUCUCCAUUUAAAUAUGCGGGAUAUGUCCAGCUAAUUCGAACAAUUGAACUGGAAUCAAAAGAUGAUUUUCUUUUUGCAAGUGGUGGUGGAAAUCUACUUUGUGCUGCUGUUGAAUUAUGUAAAUAUACACUAAUAAGCUCAGCUUUAAAUUCGGAACAACUAAGGCGUGAUGGUGGUUUAGAGAUAUUAAUCAAUGCUUUGGAUCGUUGUGCACCUAUGGUCAAUAUUAGUUCCGAAGAAAAUGAUAUGCCUGCCAAGGUUUGUGCCCACAUUUUGCAUUGCUUUGAAACUGCAGCACGAUUUGAAUCUUGCCGUGAAAAAAUCUCUGAAUUACCAACAGUUUUCAGCAAUAUUUGUCGAUUAUUGCAAUUCAAUAAAUGCAUUCGAGUCGCAUGUGCUGCAGCUGAUUGCGUUUGUUCAUUUUCUGUAUGUACGCUUCUUCAAAUGCAACUUUUUCAAGCUGGUGUUAUUUGGCAACUGCUACCGCAUCUUUUUCGAUAUGAUUAUACUCUUGAUGAAGGAGGAGUGAAACAUAGCGAGGAAAAUAAUUUGCAAUCUCUAUGUAAUAAAUUGGCCCGCAGAUGUUGCGAAGCUUUAGCGUGUUUAGCCGGUUUCCGUGAAAGUACACCUGAAAAUGACGGUGUGCAUAAUAGCCUUCGAGCAAUGCUUACGCCUUUUAUUUGUCAUUCGAUGAAACAUUGUGAUAAUGAUUUUGUUUUGAAAUUACUUAACAGCAACACAAGAAAUCCCUAUUUAUUGUGGGACGGUGCGACACGGUCUGAAGUACUCGAAUUUGUUGAAUUACACCGCACAUCAAAUGAAAAAGUGAGUGAAUUAUUUGGUGCUGAAUUUAAAAUGUCAGUCUAUGCGAAAGAAUUGAUUAUUGGUAAUAUAUUUGUUAAAAUUUACAACGAGCAGCCUGAUUUUAAACUUUAUGAACCAAAACAAUUCUGCAUCGAUAUUUUGCAAUUCUUAGAUGUUAAUUCUAAAAAACUGAUAAAUAAUGAAGAUCAUGAAAGUAUUAAUACUAAUUCAUCCGUCGAUUUUGCGAAUAAAUCUGAUUCGAAGACCGAUGUGAUGUCUCUUGUGGAUGAAGCUCUAAAGGCUCUUAUAAAUUUGUUGAUGUUCAAUAUAGGUAGCUUUUUAAAAUUUAUAGAACAAUAUUCAAUGGAUCUUAUUUUCUUCAUGUUUGUCCCAGAGAUUAUUGUGGAUGAAGCUCUUUUAUUUUUAUUUUGCAGGUCUGGAAAUAUAAUUUCUUUGUCUGCAAAUAAUCGCGAUUGUGUGUCGGAUAUCGCUACGUCUUCUCAAUCACCAAUUUUGUUUGGACUAAUUAUUGAAAACCCGAAAACAAUACCUAUGGUGCUCAAAACUGCGAUUGCUUUGUCUUCAAAUGGGAAAAUAGUUAAACAAAUGUUAGAAUUCGGCGAUUUACUUUAUAUUCUGAUAAUAUUCUUCGAUUCACAACUUGAAAUGGAAUCGCGCAUUGCAUCGGCUGAACUGUUGGCUAAACUACAAUGUGAUAAAUUAUCUGGUCCUCGCUGGAAUCGUUUUAUAACGAGAUAUUUGCCUCCUAUUUUUGCGGAUGCUUUGAGGGAUUCUCCAUGUGCUGCAGUAACGAUGUUUGAUUCAAAUCACGAAAAUCCAGAAUUAAUUUGGAACGAUGUUGUUCGUGAAACUUUGAAAACAGCAGUUUUAAAUAGUUGCAAAAAACUUUACGCAGUGCAACAGCCUGAAUAUUCCACAAAAUGGGAUGAGAAAGCUGAUAAUACAUAUGUUUGUGAUAUUGGAAAUGCAGAAAUAGUUGUUGCCGGUGUUUUUCUUCGGCUUUUCAUUGCCAAUCCGUCGUGGCAAGUGCGUCAUCCUAAGCAAUUCGCAACAGAAUUAAUGGAACAUGUACUCGAACAACUGAAGCAACCUACUUCUGCUUUGGAUUUGGUGACUUCAGCUUUUAUCGCCUUUCUCAGAAACCAUCCAAUUGUUGCAGAUCAGUUACCAGCUCAAGGCUAUUUGCCGCAGUUUUGUUCAGUAAUGAAAUCCACUAAUGCAGUGACUUCUUAUCCAGCAAUUAUCAUUUUUUCUCUGCUAGCCGAAAAUGAGUAUUGCGCAGAUUCAUUCGCAAAACUGAAUUGUAUUGAUGGGUUAUUGAAUUCUAUGAAAUAUCAGCCGACUCUGAUUUUCGAGAGUGCUCAUGCUUUAAAAUGUUUGGCGAAAAGAAAUUGUGGUGAAUUAGCUGGCCAAAUACUAUCUUCAGAAAUAAUCAAUUAUUUGCUCGACUUGCUUCGUGGUAAAAUGACAGGCGUCACUAAUCCUGCAGCAGCAAAGGCUGAAAUAGUUGACGCUCUCAAGGCACUGUGCUUGGAUUUACAAUUUGGUGAAGAAAUACAAGCUGCUUUAAACAAAUCUUCAAUUUGGUCACAAUAUAAAGAUCAGCGACAUGAUUUAUUUUUGCCAGCUCCUCAAGUGCAAGCAAUUGGAAGUUAG